GCUACAAAAUGAAAAGUGCAAAAAGUCUCACCAUACGGAAUCAUCGCGAAUUUCUAGUUUCUCCCCUCUCGUAAAACCCUAGCAAACAAAAAAACCAAAAAUGGCUUGGCGCAAUGCAGGAUCCGCUGCCCGUUCCUUCGCCGCCGCCACCGCAAGAGCACCGUCUCUCCGUUCUCCUACGGCGGCGCUUCCUCGCCUCCGUCCUUCCCCAUCCUCUUCACCCGGCCGUCGCUUCUCCUUUUCAUCGCCUUCUAGGAAUCUGGGAGCGCUUGGUUGCACGCAGUCUUUCUUGCCUCUGUACAGUGUUGUGGCUGCUUCUCAGCUCACCUCUCAUCUCAAUGUUAAUUUGCGUGCUUUCUGCGAGCUGACAAACGGUACUUGAAGAGGCAUAGGAGCGUAUUAUGCAACAGUGUAUGCAUCAGUUACUUUGAAGGGGGUGUGAGAGAUCCAAGGAUUGGGUUACCUCAGAAAAACUUAAAUCAUUCUGUUACUUUUCGGUUCCAUAUUGUGUGGGAUCCCUUUGAUUUUUAAUAGCUGUAGAGCUUUUCGUUUGCUUAGCACAAUAUUUUACCCCUCCUAGAACUUUUUGUUUUGUUUUUGAAAGAUGAAUAAAGUUCUGAAACUACUUGGCAUUGUUUAAAUAAAGUGUAUUGGAUUACAACUAAAAUCAAUGUUAUUCAUAAUUCUUGUU